AAGUGACUCGAAGGUCCUGAGAACAUUGAUCCCCAGAGCAUAUCUUUCCCCAUUUUUUUGAUCCUGUCGAUGAAUAUCUCGAUUAUACAACGAGAACUCAUCCAAAUUGCUGACGCUUUACCUACCCUUGCAUCUUUCUCACGUUCGUGCGGCAUUAGCAUUCCUAAUUCCACCGGACAAAAAAGAUCUUUGUAAAGAUCUGAUUUCUUUCCCGACCCAUUUUUUCUUGAGAAUAUUUUUCACAACAGGUUCGUUCGACGACAAAAAACGCGAAGUGACAUGAAAUUUUCAAAGUAGUUUUUUUUUCUAAAAGACAAAGAGUCGAUAGAUACCUUUAGCCUGGUCAGUAGAAGUACAACUUCGACAGAGGACAUCAUAGCAACACUUUUUUUUACAAGUAAAAAUAUGAAGCGCGGCAAGAACUGAGUUAUUCCAUACGUAUAAAGAACCUUUUUCCGGCACACGCAAACCUCCAUGUCGGGCUAUAAUUUCGAGGACGAGGAGCCGCAGUCCUGCCCGCACUGCUACAGCAAUGACCUGACCAUUGACCCCUUCUCCGGCGACCUGACCUGCCUUGGGUGCGGCGCGGUUGUCCAGGAGAACCGGCUGGUCGCAGAGGUGGGGUUCCAGGAGGGCGCUGGCGGCAAGAAGCAGGUGGUCGGGCAGUCGAUCACGUGGGGCACGGGCGCGCAGGCGAUCUCCACGGCGACGCGCGGGUCCCGGGAGCUGACGCUGGCGAAGGCGAAGAAAAACGUCGAGGGCUUCGCCUCCAAGCUCCGCAUCCACAACGCGCACCAGGAGCAGGCGCUGCGGAUUUUCGGGCUGGCGCUGGACAAACAGUUCAAUCGCGGGCGGAAGUCCAUGCUGGUGUGCGCGGCGUGCCUGUACAUUGUGUGCCGGAGCAACCGCAGCCCGCACCUGUUGAUCGACUUCUCCGACGCGUGCGAGUUCACGGUGCGGGACAUCGGGCAGACGUACAUUAAAUUGGUUGCGAUAUUGCAAUACGACGAGCUAGUCGCCGUGCCGAUCGUCGACCCGUCGUUGUUCAUGGAGCGGUUCGCGCACAAGCUGGAUUUGGGCGAUCGCGUGUCCGACGUGGCAACCACCGCUUGCCGCUUGGUCCAGCAAAUGAAGCGCGACUGGCUGCAGGAGGGCCGGAGGCCGACAGGUAAGUACUUUUGCGUGCUGUUUUGCGUGACUCAUCCUUAUGCAAAGUCAUGCAAGAAAAGUCAAGCAGUUCGAGCCUCGCAAAAAACGUUUUGCGUCUUGUUCUUUUCAUGGCACUACUACUUCGAAGAAGAAGAGUGGAUAAUUAUUUCUCAACAUAUUCAAAUUAUGAUUAUCUCAGGUCUUUGCGGUGCCGCCCUCCUGGUUGCCUGCCGGUGGCACCAAUUCGAACGCGACCCUGAGGACGUGGCGAAAGUGGUGAUGAUGGCGGAAACGACGCUGCGAAAACGAUUGUACGAGAUGCGGCAGACUACCAUGGCGGGCAUGACCCGCACCGAAAUCAUGAACGCGGACCAGAACGAGCCGAAGAUUUCGCUCUGCCUUCCGCCCUGCACCAAGCCCAAGCAGAAGGCCGCCACGGACAGCGGCCUCAAAGCGCUGCCGGUUAGCGACCAGUCACUGACGCUCGCGAUCACACAGGGGGAAAGGGGGAAAAAGGACAUCAAAACGAAACAACCACUGAUGGACAAAGAAACAGCGGGUGUGCUCUUGGACAGCUCAUCCAUCGGAACCACCACCUCGUCUGAUGUUGAGGAAAAUAACGGCGACAGUUCCUCGCAACAGCGGCAAAAAGCCCGGCCGAAUGAGCAGAUCGGGGGCAGCAGCAGUUCGUCAAGUACCGGGUCCAGAGUCAAUGUAAACCCGCUAGCAAAUAACAGUGCGCACGACGACGAACAAAUUGUGGACGAGGAGGACGAUUUGUUUGCGGUCGACAAUGAAGCCGCAGGUCGUGCAGGAGAUGAUCCUCUUACAGGCGGGCGAAACGGCGCAAACCAUGGUCACCCCGAGGUUGAUCAGCAGAGUAGCGACUUCCGGUUUCAGUUUCCGACUGGCGAGGGGCUGGAGAAGAUGGCGCCGGAACUGAAGAAGCUCCUUAUGUCGGAAGACGAGAAGAAAAAGAGCGAUAUCGUGCUGAACAACAACCUCUCCUUCCAAAGAGCUGCGGAGGACUUCUACAACUCGGUGGAGAGGGAAGAAAACGAAAAGCUUCUGACUGGUGGCCAUGCGGGUAAGAAUAUGAAAGCGACAACAUCUACUUCUCUUGCAAACGGCGGUGUUAUGAAUAACCCGUCUUCAUCUACUUCCGCGACAAACAACUACAAUCUGAACUUCCUCGAGUCGGACGACCUUUGGCAGGACGCCAGCCCGGACACCUCGAAUUUCGAAAACGCGAUCGAGAAAGCGGACACGCGGGUGCUGGCCGAGAUCGUGGAGGAGUCGCUGUCGGACGUGAGUUGCGACGAGGACUGCAUUUUGGACGAGGAGGAGCAGGCCAAGAAGAAGGCGGUCUGGAACGAGGUGCACAAGAACGAGCUGGAAGACAUCCACUACCGCACGCUGAAGCGGCACAACACCCGGAAGCGCAAGGCGCUCGCGGCGGAGUCUCAGCUGAAACAGCUGACCGAUGGCGCGGUGGAGGACGGGGGCGAGAAUAACAACGCGUGGAACGACAACGAGGGAGAGGAAGACUUCUUCGGGGGCCCAAACAACGGCAACGCCUACAGCGGCAUCGAGAACAACCGGAAGAAAAAGCGAAAAAAGCAGGUCGUGCUCGGAAAAAAACAAGAGGGCAAGACGUGGCGCGAAAUGUCGCGGGACCACUUCCACACCAGUAAGGCGGCAGAAUCGAAAUACAACCUGGACGAAUGGGACAGCCUGUUUGAGUGAAAUUUGCACUGCGCGGUUCCGCUUCGGUCAGGACGACUGGGUUGGUCGUCGUGGCGAAGCAUGUUUUUACAAAUUUCGCUCAAUAACACACAUUCAUUCUUCAAGCCGUUGAAAUAAACGAAAAUAUUUGAUGAAAAGGCGACAAAAGAGCACCGCAACGACGAGGAUCCAAGAUCUGAGUCUGAAAGUAAAACUGCCUCCUGUUGGCGCGAAGUUCUUGUAGGCUCUGAU